CGCACCUGGGCCGGGCAGGUAAGGGCUGGUGCGCACCUGGGAGUGGAUCCCGCAGUUCCUGCCUGCGCAGAGCCGGCGCCCCCUGCCCUAGCCGUCGAGGAACGCCGUGGCGAGGGGUGAUCUUAGCUGGAAUUUGAUUCGGAGGGAAGUCCGCUUCUGAUAGCAGGAUUGAGGAAAGGUGCAGAAUCUUUGGGUGGCCAGGAGAAAGGGAAGACGACCCGAGGCCCCGCUCUUCAGCUCCCUGCUCUUUCACUGCCUGCUUGUCCAUAUCAUGGCCCUCCACCCCCGUAGAGUCCGGCUGAAGCCCUGGCUGGUGGCCCAGGUGGACAGUGGCCUCUACCCUGGGCUCAUCUGGCUGCACAGGGAUGCCAAACGCUUCCAGAUUCCCUGGAAACAUGCCACCCGGCAUAGUCCCCAACAGGAGGAAGAAAAUACCAUUUUCAAGGCCUGGGCAGUGGAGACGGGAAAGUACCAGGAAGGGGUGGAUGAUCCUGACCCAGCUAAAUGGAAGGCCCAGCUUCGCUGUGCUCUCAACAAGAGCAGAGAAUUCACCCUGAUGUACGAUGGCACCAAGGAGGUGCCUAUGAACCCAGUGAAGAUCUAUCAAGUGUGUGACAUCCCCCAGCCCCAGGGCUCGAUCAUUAACCCAGGAUCCACAGGGUCUGCUCCCUGGGAUGAGAAGGAUAAUGAUGUAGAUGAAGAGGAGGAGGAAGAUGAGCUAGAUCAGUCACAGCAUCAUGUUCCUAUCCAGGACACCUUCCCCUUCCUGAACAUCAAUGGCUCUCCCAUGGCACCAGCCAGCGUGGGCAACUGCAGUGUAGGCAAUUGCAGUGUGGGCAACUGCAGCCCUGAAGCAGUGUGGCCCAAAAGUGAACCUCUGGAAAUGGAAGUACCCCAGACACCUAUCCAGCCCUUCUAUAGCUCUCCAGAGCUGUGGAUCAGCUCUCUCCCAAUGACUGACCUGGACAUCAAAUUUCAGUACCGUGGGAAGGAGUACGGGCAGACCAUGACUGUGAGCAACCCCCAGGGCUGCCGGCUUUUCUACGGGGACCUGGGUCCCAUGCCUGACCAGGAGGAGCUCUUUGGUCCUGUCAGCCUAGAGCAGGUCAAGUUCCCAGGUCCGGAACAUAUCACCAAUGAGAAGCAGAAGCUUUUCACCAGCAAGCUGCUGGAUGUCAUGGACAGAGGACUGAUCCUGGAGGUCAGCGGUCAUGCCAUUUAUGCAAUCAGGCUGUGCCAGUGCAAAGUGUACUGGUCUGGGCCAUGUGCCCCAUCGCUUGUCGCCCCCAACUUGAUUGAGAGACAAAAGAAGGUCAAGUUAUUUUGCCUGGAAACAUUCCUUAGUGACCUUAUUGCCCAUCAGAAAGGACAGAUAGAGAAGCAGCCACCAUUUGAGAUCUACUUAUGCUUUGGGGAAGAAUGGCCAGAUGGGAAGCCUCUGGAAAGGAAACUCAUCUUGGUUCAGGUUAUUCCGGUGGUGGCUCGGAUGAUCUACGAGAUGUUUUCUGGUGAUUUCACACGAUCCUUUGAUAGUGGCAGUGUUCGCCUGCAGAUCUCAACUCCAGACAUCAAAGAUAACAUCGUCGCUCAGUUAAAGCAGCUGUACCGCAUCCUGCAAACCCAGGAAAGCUGGCAGCCCAUGCAGCCCACCCCUAGCAUGCAACUGCCCACUGCCCUGCCAGCCCAGUAAUUGUGAACACCAUCUUUUUUAAAAUAUUGUAUAUAUGGGUAUUUUUAUUAUUCAGAUUUAACCAGCUUUUAAAUCUUUCUUCUCUCCAACACUGUUAGUAGUCUAUGAGUCUUUCCAAAUAUGCCUAGCUUUUAAGAUUGAUUUAAUUUAUGGAAAAAUCACCCUUCAGACUCUUUCUUUUUUAAACCUCCCUGUGGUAGUAUAAUGUAGUAGAAGGAGAUCUGGCCUGGGAGUUGGACACCAGGGUUUUAGCUGCAGCUUUGCUUCCAAUAGUGUGACCUUGAACAAGUCACUUAACCUUUGGGCUUCAGAUUCAUCACUUGUAAAGUGCAGGGGUUGGAAUCAUGCCUGAAAUUGCACUCAGUUUUAAAACUCUGAUUAGAUGACUUCAUUCUACUUGUACAAGGCAAAACUGCCUGGAGCAGAACCUUUCUGCACUGUUCUUGUACCACAUACUUUUUUUCCUGCCUUCAUUAAAGUUCCCUCAAGCACUGAUUUGUCCAUGAUCGAGCUCUGUUUGACCUGUUCUGCUAGUAUAGUAAGCUGGCUCCCCGAUGGGGGGAGUGAGAGGGAGGGGAGCUGGCUGGUUGCUUAGGAACCAAGCUUGACAUCUAAAUAGAAUUGGGUGCCAAAGUCUGAAAGUCACCCAGCUUGUGGAGUAACAGCUCAUAAAUCGAGCCUCUAAAGGGAAGCUGUUGACAUAGAAAGCCUAGGGAUUCUGUGGAAGAAUGGACUGUUGGCUGUUUACCUCACCACCUCUCCAAUACCACUGUCUGCGGCAGAUGAGAGCAUGUAACACAGGUGGUGGCCUUUAGAGGAAGGAGCUCUGUUUUUCUUAUUUUCUUCUCUGAGGAAGAGCUGUAGUGAGCUAGGCAUCUGGGAUAAGCUCCUGUGGCUACAAAAGGGACAGUUCCUCCCUGUUUAGAGGCUUUUAUAGAGUCUUACUGUCACUUGGAUUUUUUGCAGUUGGAAAAGAUGGGAUGUUGGGUGUGUUAAGGCCAGGCCUAAGAAGGGCUGGGCAGUGCUCUCCUGGAAAAGGCUCACCUAGCACAAACCUGCUUUUCCCCCUUCCUAGUGGAGGUAGCCGGGUGUGAAUAACUAAAGUGAAGAGUGGUAUAGAACAUUGCAGCUACAUCUACCACAGACCGGUCUCAUCUAGUAACUUUUUCUCAGUCUCUGACCAUUUUACAGAGCCUUGGUGGUAUGGUGGUUAAGACCUCAGCUGCUAACCAAAAGGUCAGCGGUUCAAAUCCACCAGCUGCUCCUUGGAAACCCCAGGGGCAGUUCUACUCUGGGCUAUAGGGUUGCUGUGACUUGGAAUCAACUCGAUGGCAACAGGUUUUUUUUUUGACCACUUUGCCUCUUUUUUUUUUUUGGAGAGGUAAUUAUACAUAAUUUAAACUCCAAGACCAAAACGGAAAACAAGAUGCUAAUCUCUGAGUGCAGGCCCCAUUCCUCUUGAAUGCCUGUGUGUGCCAGGCCUUAAUAAGGAGGCCCAUGUCUGGUUUGCUGCGCUUAAAUCAAGCCACGGAAUGGCUGAAGACUUAGACUAGCUUUCAAACAUUAAAUGCUCAAGCCCAUCAAAGGUGGCAGUAGGACUUAUUUAUUUAGAAUGCUUAAGCCUUGGUUUUAAGGUCUCUAAGGGACCUAGUGGGAUCUACUGUUACCAUGACCAAGACAAAUCUGUGUAAAGGUCAGGUGCCCAGCUUGGAACAAAAGUUGGGCUUCUGGAGACCAAGGAGCAAAAAAGGCAUAGGAACUUUACAUUUUUUGGUCAUUUGGUUUAGUAGGUGAAAUGAAGGAUUUGGUCUUGAAGUUAGGCUGCCUCUGUCUGUAUCUGGGUAACUCAAAGUUAAAAAGAACCCGCAGUAGGUAACUUGGGAAGGCAGGUAUUGGAUUUAUGUGGGUCUCUUUCCUUUCCUGGGACAGCCAGGCUGUUCAUCUAGAUGGUAGUCCACAUCACGUUAGCUGAUAAAGGGUGUAGAAAAUAGAGUGUUCUGAAGUGCCAAGAAGGACCAAACUUUCAACAUAUGACUGUAGUGGAAAGUUUAAGAAAGUGUCAGAGGGUUGGGUGAAUGAUUUUAUGUGGUUUUAACUAGAUAACCCAGUUUUCUUGUUUGGGACCCGUUAUGAAACUUUGGGCAAUUGCAUGCAAGACUCUCCAUUCAUCUCCCUUGGUGCUCUUUCUCAGGUCCUAAUGGAUGGAUACCAGGUUUCCGUUCUCUCUUGGGGACUUAGUCUUUUUUCUCCUUGCCUUCCCCUUGCUUAAUAUUGGGGAGUAAGAUGGUGUCCCCAGCUUUUUUCCCUGUCCACCCCACCAAACUAGAUUAUAUCCCCUGUUGUAUGUUCCCAUUGCCCCCUAUACAGUUGUUCCCCCUUCAAAAUAAUCAUUUCCCUUGUAAUUGUUCAGUGUCUGUCACCUGCUUGACUACAAACUUGCUGAAGAUAGCAAUUGUUUGUCUUGUACUUUGCUGCCAUCAUCUUGCAUAGUGCCUGGUACACAGUAUGUUCUCAGGUAUUUGUUGCUGGAAUAAAUUAAUAAACUGAAAUAAGUCUUUCAUUUUAGGGUUC